AUGUGGUCUCUGCUAUCCACGGCGACCGCCUCUACGGCGUCGACUCCGCCAGAAAGCGUGAAGUCUGGGGACGAACCCCACCGUCCUUUGGAUCUGUUGGAACAGGUCUUGGCACCUAGCAAUGAGAAACCUUCAACGCGUAUCGAGCAAGCACGGCACUGUGCAGAAGACUUGGGAUUAGGCCGACCAGGCUUCUAUCGUGGCUUCACCUGGGAUGUCUCUGCCCACACCUUUAACGACCUCGCGCCGAACAAAGUCCCCCUACCUCCCAAAUACGAGCAUUCGGGUAAUUUUAAAUGGGUUGGGCAGGAACAAGAUGCCAUUCCACAGUAUCUCUGGGACAGUGAAACAUUCCAGACUGUCCACGCGGAUCAUGAACAACUACGGAGGUAUUGUGCAGUAUCCUGGACAUGGGGCCGCUACCAGCGAAAGGAUCUCAGCGGGAAUAAGAUCUGGCGAUACUCCACAGGAACAAAAUGGCGGGUGCCCGCCUUUGAAAAAGUCGAAUCUCCCUUUGGCGGAAGAAUUACCAAAAUUGAUCGACUGACGCAUUUGAAACACCUCCUCAGAUGUAUCAAGGCUUUCCGAUAUUUUUGGAUUGACGUCUUAUGUAUCAAUCAAAAUGCCGACAAGGUCGCCAAAGCCGAGAAGGAAGCAGAGAUCGCCAAACAAGCACAAAUUUUCCGCAACGCGACAGCCUCUAUGGCGUAUUUAUGGACUCUCAAUGAGCGGAAAGAUCAUGAUCUCAGUCGCGCACUGGGUGCUUUUGGUGGACUUCUCGCUUCUUGCAUCUACUUCCGACCCGGUCAACCUAUAGUCGAUGGCAGAAAUGUCCCGCGGUUUGGCGUGAUGCCUCCCUAUGCCGAAUGGAAUGAUUCCUUUAGCCGGUUGCGGGAGGAUAAUUGGUUCACUUCUCUGUGGGCCCUGCAAGAAGUUGUUCUGUUUCCAUCGGCGAUCUGGAUAACUCAGGACGGAGGCUUCGUUACCAUCAACGAUCGUCCCGUCACCACCAGACUCUUCGCAAGUGCAGUGCGGCUCCUCUUGUUGAUGUCUCGGUUUCGAAAGGACCAAUGGCUCAAGGAGGAGAGGCAGUAUAUCCAGCAGAGGAACAUGGCCCCGUCAGAGUUCUUCAAACGGCGGAAGGAAAUCGCAAACAUAGAACACCGGCGUCGAUCGGCUUUGCAGGAAGCUAGGGCUGAGCAACAAACCAAUCAAGGUGAGGGAAACUUGUGCAUAGAAGUUUCUUAUCCGCCGAGGAUACCAUCGGUGCUCAAACACCGCCUAGCAGACCGAUUACUGCAAGAUGAAAUCGACAACUGGGUUAGCUGGUCCUUUGGAAAGGCAGGUAUUGACAUAGCUUUGGGAGCAACGCGGACUGCGAUCCUCAUCGCUGGAAGCAAUCGGAAGGCCGUCGAGAAUCAACCCAAAGAAUACGCCUUGUUGGCCGCCUUGAAAAUCAGCUAUCACCCGGACUUGAUUCCGGAAGAUUUGCUCAACGUCGAACAGCAAUAUUUCUCGCACAAUCUUCUGAAUGUUAUUCUUCGCCACGAGGGAGCCUCCAUGUUUGAUGUUGUGCAUCAGCCUUCCGCCUUGCAAUUUAAGUUUCCGUCUGACGGCUUGUUGGAUGACUCUGAGUGGACUUUGGUUGAUCGCACCCUUGACUAUCUCCAAAUAGAACUGCCGGGCAACUCAGAGGACCGACGCCGCCCGUCUCAUGAACACUUGGACCCAGGGUGGACGAAAGUGACCCAGGUACACGAGAAUUUGCAAACCGAGGUCAAAUACCGUUAUAAAGACCAUGAACGAUAUGUUCACAUACCACAGCAGGGGGACGUUCUCACCGAUAUGUCUACGUGGUCUGCUUGGUACCCUAACCCUGAUGGCUUUGGAACUCAUUCAAGUGAGGAGAUGGUGUGGGAAGACGUGAAGAAGUGGCAUAUGCAUCCCUACGGCAUGGUGCACAUUCCUCCAUCUGCACGGAUCCAGGAUAUUCCCAAGACGCAGAGUGGUACCGAAAUAACUGUUCGACUCAAUGGUGGUGACAUCGAGUAUGAUAUUGAGCGACUGGCGGAUCUAAAAUUGAUCUCGCAAACUCAAACAUGGCUCAAAGAGAAACUUGGACAACCCAAAUACAUAUUUCUCCCCCUCUACACUCGGUUUUUCAAAUCAUGGGGAGUAAGUCCACGAGUCGCCGGUUUCCGAGGACCUUACCAUACCGUUGAGACAGAUGAAACCACCGGCAUUGUCCUGGUCGGAAAAUCAACCCUCCAAAAAGGCCAUUCUUUGACACAUUGGCAUAAACUGGGUACAUACCGUGGAAGAGGUAUGUUUACGAAGUUGGGUUGGAGAGACGGCAUACUGGUGACCUCGCCACAUGGAGACUCGCGCACCCCGUCUAUCAACAUGGCAGACUGUCAGGCAGUGACCAGCUUGAAUGCCGUCAUCACCCAAGCUCUCUCCGAUACGGCAGAGCCUGUAGAAGGGGGUUUUGAAACCGUUCAACCAUCGGACGUCCUGGGAUUCCGAGACUUUGGAGAAUCCCCGGACGUGAGCUAA